ACAAAUUCUUGCUCGCAAGCAACAGUGCUGCUUUUCUCGCAGGACUGCAACGCGCCUUGCUGCUGGGCAACUGCCACCAAGCCCCCCCCCCCCCAGCGAACCAGAAGAAGAAAGGCGAAGACAAAGCAGGCGAAGGCGUAGCACGAACCGCUCUCUCACACACCGACCAACAAAGUAAUAAUGCAAUGCAAUCAUCACACCAUCACACCAUCAUCACCCCCGCCAGCCUCUGCUCAUCGUGCCACCUGCCUUCUUCCCUUCCCUGCUCGCGCCUCUCCUUUGUUGUCUUUCAGUCUUUCUCUCUCCCUGCUGCUGCUGUUUGUGGGAGAAGAACCAAGUGCAUCCAUCAUCACAUAUUGAUUGCCAUAGCAUUCUUCUCAGAGCCAGCGACGCCGCUAACGCCGUGAUCUCUCCUCGCCUCCUGUUCACCGUUUCUGUUGUUGUUCCUGCUGCAUCUUCCCUUGUUGCGGAUUGACUUGUGUACAAUCUGUGUUGCUCUUCUUCACCAACGCCCAAACGACCAAACGACCAUGCCAUCGUCUACGUUGCGCGAUGACCGACACAGCAAGGUCAACACAAGCACCACCACAACCAUGACCACAACCCCGACCAGCACCAUGCGCAGAAGCACCGCCGUGACCUUGCAAGUCACCACACCAGAGUACGAGCCCGUCAUCUCCCGCAUCCUCCUCCUCAUCUGGACAUUUCUCCUCGUCGUCACCUGGAUCUUGCUGGUUGUGGCAUUCACGCUCCCCGAUUGGGUGGAAGGCACAGAACCCACAGACGACCCCGACUUUCCUUUCCUUGACCGCCAGGUUGGGUUGUUCCGGCAAUGCGAACAGUACACACCGCUCAACGAUAACGUGGUGACUGGGUUUGGCGCAGAGCGCUGCUUCAGCACAGGCUUCAACAAGUCAAACAUUGACGCGUGGUAUGCUGCUGGCGUCCUCUUCGUCAUCGGGGUCAUCUUCCUGUCAAUGACGAUUGUGCUGGCGCUUGUGGCCACCAUUCGGGCAAACGGCUGGGUGGCGGCGCUGGCCAAGCUGUCCAUGAGCAUCACCAGCAUCUUCUUCCUCAUCGCCUCCAUUCUCUUUCCUUUGGGGUUCAUCUACCUCGAUGACCGCUGCCCGGCCGGCACGGAGGAGGGCCAGUGCGGUCUCAGGUGCACCGACCCCACCGCAGGCAUGGACUACUUCACGCUGUGUGGGCCGUACGGCGUUGGUGCCGCGUCCUUCCUCAUGUUUGCCGCCCUCGUCGUCUUCUUCAUCAGCUCCUUCUGCGCGGCCUGCGUGCGCAGCGCAUGAGCCCAUGAACCCACCCCGUUGCGCUGUUGCGUGCCAGUCCUACACCACAGAGCACACAGCGCAAACAAACAUACACACAUCUCCAUCUUUCCUUGCAUCCAGCUGUCUGUCUGUCUGUCUGUCUCUCUUGU